CCCUCCCAAAACAGUGCACUGGUACCUCUCACUCUGCCCGUCACGUUGUGUACGGCGGCCUGACCCCCCAUGAACCUGCGACUUCCUCUUUCUCAGAUUUCAUGGCGAUCGGGAGAGAGGGAAGACCACCGACGCACGCAAACUGUCCAGACACCUCAACACGACUGAAAGACAUUUCUUAGGUGAGAUCUGAACAGACGUUGUGAGUUGCAGACAGAACAGACACUGAGUGGAUUCUCCUGCUGGUGUUGCUCAGUGGGUAGUAGUGGUUUCUCGUGCUGGUGUCCUGUUGAAGAGCCUCCUUAGUGCUCUGUGCUGUUGUCUUGCUGUGUCCUGGGUUAGGACUGCCAGCCUAUGGCUCUAAUGGACAAGCACAAAGUCAAGCGGCAGAGACUUGACCGCAUCUGUGAGGGCAUCCGCCCCCCCAUCCUGAACGGGCCCAUGCACCCCCGGCCCCUGGUGGCCCUGCUGGACGGGCGUGACUGCACCAUAGAGAUGCCCAUCCUCAAGGACGUGGCCACUGUGGCCUUCUGUGAUGCCCAGUCCACCCAGGAGAUCCAUGAGAAGGUGUUGAACGAGGCGGUGGGGGCUCUGCUCUACCAUACCAUCACUCUCUCUCGAGACGACCUGGACAAGUUCAAAGGCCUCCGAGUCAUCGUCAGGAUCGGCAGCGGCUAUGACAACGUCGACAUCAAAGCCGCAGCUGAGCUGGGCAUCGCGGUGUGUAACGUGCCGGCGUCGUCGGUGGAGGAGACGGCCGACACAUCCUUGUGUCUGAUCCUAAACCUGUACCGUCGGGUCACCUGGAUGCACCAGGCCCUGAGGGAGGGCACCAGGGCCUCCAGCGUGGAGCAGAUCAGGGAGGUAGCCGGCGACGCUGCCCGCAUCCGGGGGGAGACGCUGGGCAUCAUCGGCCUGGGUCGUGUGGGCCAGGCGGUGGCUCUGCGGGCCAAGGCGUUUGGUUUCGGGGUGAUCUUCUACGACCCAUACCUGCCUGAUGGUGUGGAGCGCUCCCUGGGCCUGCAGAGGAUGGCUACCCUCCAGGACCUGCUCAUCCACUCUGACUGUGUCUCUCUACACUGCAGCCUCAACGAACACAACCACCACCUCAUCAAUGACUUCACCAUCAAACAGAUGCGUCAGGGAGCGUUCCUGGUGAACUCUGCGCGGGGGGGUCUGGUGGAUGAGAAGGCUCUGGCUCAGGCCCUGAAGGAAGGACGUAUACGAGGAGCCGCGCUGGACGUCCACGAGACAGAGCCCUUCAGUUUCUCACAGGGCCCCCUGAAAGAUGCUCCCAACCUCAUCUGUACCCCCCACACCUCCUGGUACAGUGAGCAGGCCUCCAUCGAGGCCAGAGAGGAGGCAGCCAGGGAGGUGCGCCGUGCCAUCACUGGUCGUAUUCCAGACAGUCUGAAGAACUGUGUGAAUAAGGAGUAUCUGAUGGCAGCGUCACAGUGGCCCAGUAUGGAGGUUGCGACAGUCCACCCCGAACUCAACAUAGCCUCAGCAUACAGGUUUCCUGCAGGUCUGAUAAGUGUGGCAGCAGGGGGUUUGACAGGGGCAGGUGCAGGGGUAGAGGCUCUGGCCCUGGCUCACGCCAUCGCCCCUGUGUCCCAUCCCCCCCAUGCCCCAUCGCCAGGGCAACCCAGCAAGGCUGAGGCAGACAGAGACAUCUCCUCUGACCAAUAGCACCCCAACAUUCCUCCAUCACCCCUGGAAACCAACAACCCACCCCCUCCCACCAUUUUCAUCAUUACCACCAACCCUCCUCACCGACCUCAGGCAGAUUUACACUGGGGUCCCGGUUUGAUCCGGUUUCAGCUGGAUCCUUCAAAACACAGUACCAGUCCAGGAGUGAUCCGCCCGUCCACAACAUGCCCCCUCUCCCCCUCCGGAACCCCUUCCUCGGACCUCCCUCAACCCCUCCCCCUUACCUCCAUAUCCCUCCACACCAACACACCUUCAGCAAUAACUCUCUUCUCAAGGAUUCAAUAAUUGGAUUGGUAUAUUUCUUGAGUUGUAUUUUUAUUUUUUAUUUUUUUUGGUUAAAGCUAUUUUUUUUUUUGCUGUUGAUCUGUUAUGAUUGUAGGUGUUUUUGUUUUGAGUAGCAUCUCUGCAGUGAGGCUGGACCGUGAGGCUAGCUGUUUUCUCCCUGGUUUUUUUGAUCAGUGAGAGAGGAGUGAAGGUUUGGCCCAUCUCGCUCUCUCUCUGAUGUCUCUCUCGCUCUCUGACAUCUCUCUCUGACGUCUCUCUCGCUCUCUGACAUCUCUCUCUGACGUCUCUCUCGCUCUCUGACAUCUCUCUCUGACGUCUCUCUCGCUCUCUGACAUCUCUCUCUGACGUCUCUCUCGCUCUCUGACAUCUCUCUCUGACGUCUCUCUCGCUCUCUGACAUCUCUCUCUGACGUCUCUCUCGCUCUCUGACAUCUCUCUCUGACGUCUCUCUCGCUCUCUGACGUCUCUCUCACUCUCUGACGUCUCUCUCGCUCUCUGACGUCUCUCUCGCUCUCUGACGUCUCUCUCGCUCUCUGACGUCUCUCUCACUCUCUGACAUCUCUCUCUGACGUCUCUCUCGCUCUCUGACAUCUCUCUCUCUCUGACAUCUCUCUCUCUCUGACCUCCCUCUCUGUCUGUCUGUCUCGCUCUCUCUCUCUCUCUCUCUCUGACCUCCCUCUCUGUCUCUCUCACUCUCUCUCUCUCUCUCUCUCUCUCUCUCUCAUUUAAGAUAAUAUGGAAAAUGUGUACAACAAUAAGACAACACGACACCAAGCUUCUAUUGGCCGAUUCCUAGCCUGAUCCAAGAUAUGUAUCUGAAGACAAAGCUAGCUUUAGCCAAGUUAUCUAAAGCUAAUCAGAUCUGGGACCAGGCUAUCUGAUUCCUUGUCUGUCUGUCUGUUGGCUAGUGUAGGGAUGAAUAAUGUCAGUGUGGAGCUGAAACCUUAACGAAGCAUGUUAAAUCUGUCUCCACUGCCUCUGCUGCGUCAGACCCUUUCGGUCUGUCUCUCUUCUUCUUAAGAUGGUGAAACCUCUCCUUUGGCAGGCGAUAACUCGCUUCCCUGUUUUUACGUCCCCUUUUUAUGAUGUAAUAAAGGCUCCUUUUUUCCC